CGAUGCAAAAUUGACAAAUCAUUAUGGCCCCCAGUUCAUCUCCUUCCCUAUUAUUGCGCCUCCCCUCAUUGACUACUCUUGUGCCCUCCACAAUAUCUUCAUCCAAAUUUGCUUAACCCAUCCUUCACAAUUUCCAUUAUUGAGUGACAAAUGGAUCCAUCCAAGUUUCUAAUUCUGUCGAUCCUCACCCUCCUCGCUCAUAAUUGCUCAUGCCAAAGCGUUCCGAGCCACAACGAAGAAGGCCGUAGAGUUGUGAGUGUGGAUGAUUACUUCGCCAAAGGCGAUGGAGCUACCGAUGAUAGCAAGGCAUUUAAAAGAGCCUGGAAAGAGACCUGCUCGUCUUCAGUAUCAGCUGUGCUUGUGGUGCCCAAGAGAAGGAGAUAUUUGCUUGAGCAACUCAACUUCACCGGCCCUUGCAAGUCUCCUGUCACAUUUCUGAUUAAGGGAACCCUCGAUGCUCCUUUGAAUCGAUCCGUAUGGAACGAUAAGAAUCGAAGGCUAUGGAUCGUAUUUGAUAGCGUGAGGAACCUUGUCGUCAAAGGAGGAGGCACCAUCAACGGCAACGGGCAUAUUUGGUGGCAAAACUCUUGCAAGAGAAAUAAAACUCUGCCCUGCAUCGGCGCUCCAACGGCAUUGACCUUUGUUUCAUGCAAUUACUUGAGGGUGAAGAACCUAAGAAUAAAAGAUAGCCAACAAUUUCAUGUAGUAGUAAAAGACAGUAGGGAAGUCAAACUCUCAAAGCUCUUCAUCCAUGCACCAGAAAAGAGUCCAAACACAGACGGGAUUCAUUUGGAUCAUGCCAGUAAUGUUGUCAUAAGAAACUGCGAAAUCAGGACAGGUGAUGACUGUAUUUCUAUAUGGACUGGAUCCAAGAACGUCAGAGUUCAUAAGAUAGUUUGUGGGCCUGGUCAUGGGAUAAGUAUCGGGAGUUUAGGGAAAAAUAACACGAAGAAUCAUGUCAUGAAUGUGAAGGUGGAUGGAGCUAUUCUGAAUGGUACAACAAAUGGAGUUAGGAUCAAGACUUGGCAGGGAGGUCGAGGCUACGCAAAACAUAUCACCUUCAAGAAUAUUGCAAUGCACAGUGUCAAAAAUCCUAUACUCAUAGAUCAAUUUUACUGUGACUCCAAGGAUCCAUGCCAUGAACAACAUGAUGCUGUGGGGAUUAAGCAAGUGGUGUACAAGAAUAUAGUGGGAACGAGUGCUUCAAAAGUGUCCUUGAAAUUCAACUGCAGCAAGAGUCUUCCGUGUCGAGGGAUAAAAUUGCAGGAUAUCAAUUUAGUAGGAGAAGAUGGGAUGAGAACACAUAGUUCGUGCAGUAGUGUUCAUUUGACUAAAAAAGGGUUUGUUUUCCCAACCCCUUGUGUUUUUGGAAAGAAUAAAACUCUUGUCACAAGAAAGAGUGAGAACUGGUAGCUGAAGAUGUCCAUAGACUGCAAGAAAUUAAUUCAUGUUUCGUUCAACGUUAUUAAACUUGUUUGAGUUGGAGGUUAUAAUAAUACUGAAAGCAUACUUCGGUGAACAAGCUCGUUUCAGAGUGUAUUAUCUGAAUGUAGCAACAAACAUGUAUAUCUAGUAGUAGCAGGCGAAAAUGUCUGAUCUUACAUCCUAAAACGAAGGAUGGUAACUGAUGAAUCUUGAUUAUUGUAAUUUGAAACAUUGAAAGGAUUGGAGUAGUCUGAAAAGGCUACUUUAAACUUCAAACACGAAAAGGAAGCGGUAAACACAAGCAAAUUUUCUUCGUUUGCAAUAUAUCCGUUCGCUAAGCAUUAAAGAUAAAAUUAGUCUAGAUUCUAGCACACAGCUGCACUUGUUAAACAGAAUAAAUAGAUUUACAAAGAAUUAAACUUUACUAGGUUUUGAUUAUAGCAGGGCAUACCACGAAUGCUCCAUACUUUAAACUAAAGCUGAACCUUACACGUCGCAGAACUACAGCAUCAUGUUAAUUACACAAACAUCAGUCAUGUAAAUGCAAAAAAUAUGUAAGCUAUUUUUUUUCCUGGCAAUAUGAACCUAUGCCCAAAUGUUGAAAUUUUAACUCAAAACUGCCCUUUAGAUAGAUUCCAUACGCACUGAACUGACUCAAUCAAAUAUUGGAAACUUAUCUUGACAACCUUGCAUUGCCAGCAUAAGAAUGAAAAAUGAGGGGCUAAACACCUUUUGACAUUUGUUUCGACGCGUUAUAAGUACAAAAGGCUUCAGCCUGAGUUUUGACGUUUUAGCUCUCACUAACACGACAUGAAAUAUUACGGUUGUCAUAUAAAAGAAGCAGACAUAUUGGGUCAUCAAUUUGGCUCUAUCCUACAGUACACAAGCAUGGAUACAGGAUAAGAAUACGUGGUUAUGUAGCAAUAUUUUCUCCAUUUGAUACUGAACUAAUAGGGAUACAUGAUACGAUACUCGCGAACAGAUGUGACCCCAGCACAGUAUACAUACAUACGCACAUACAUACACAUACACUUACCUAUAUGCAUACAUACAUACAUAUCUAUGUAUGUACUUAGGUACGCCCUUGGUCUGUAUGAUGGUAAGUCUCUCUUAUUAUCCAUGAAUCCGGGAUUGGUAAUUAUAAACUGAGUUCUAAGUGGAGAAUAUAGUUGCUAAUUUACAUUAAAAAGAUGGAGAUGCAUGCUAGUUCUAAUGCAGAAAUUAGUUAUCUUAAGUUUCAUAAGAAAAAUAAGAGACAGGAAAAAUUAGAAAGGAGAAAGAGGACACAUUGUACUACAGAAAAUCUAGUGGAUCAUUCAAACAAAACUAAUCUAGAAUCUAGCAAACUUGUGGGUAAAUCUACAGCAUUACGAAAGUGAAAAAAGCAAAGAAGUUUCACAAGAAGCUAGAAUCACAAAACUACAAACUCUACCAAAUACUCUAUGUAAUAAAACAAUUAGUAGUACCCCCUCAAAACAUAUUACCACCCUCUCAUUAGACAACCACA